AUGGCGGAUCCUGGAGCGGGGAAACCGGCUACGUCGGCGCCGGGGAAGGCUCCUACUUGGUCGGAGGUGGCGAAGGGAGCUCCGAGGCAGUCGGUCUGGACGAACUAUCGGAUCUCUUCACGGGAGCUACAGGCAUUGCAGAGCGGGUUCCCGGAGAUCCUGGAGGUGCCGGACCAAGAGCUGGAGGGGGCGAGGUCGGAGUGGCGGAGCACUACAGUGAUUGUGCGAAGUAUGGGAAGGAGUGUUCCGGCAGUGUGGGUCGCGAAGGAGAUCCGCAGGGUGGGCAAGCUGCAGUAUGAUGUUGAAUGUUUCUCUCUGGUGGAUGGCUUCAUCGUAGUGAGGUUUGCCAACGGAGACGAUCGGGAGGCUGCUCUGUUGAAUGGCCCAUGGUCAAUGGCUGGGCAGCUGCUAGCCAUGGAACGGUGGCGCCCUAACUUCGUUCCGGGUGCCGGUGGGUUAGGCCGAGUGGUAGUGUGGCUUCGGCUUUCGGGGCUUCCUCUGGACUAUUGGAAGGGGCCGACUCUAUUCCGGAUUGCCGCGAGGGCCGGUGAACCAUUGGCAGUGGACAGCUUCACGGAACAGGGGGGUCGAUUUGGCUUUGCAAGGGUCAAGAUUGCGUUGGACUGCUCCGCCCCACUGAAGCCAGGGAUCUUUUUGAAGGGGAGCUCGGAGGGAGUUGAGGAUAAAUUUUGGCAGGCGUUUAUCUAUGAAAAUCUGCCGGCCCCCUGCUCCAAAUGUGGCAGGAUAGGCCAUCCUACGAAGGAGUGUGGUUCCCUCUUCCCGGCUAUGGGGGGGAGGGGGGAGAUGGUGUCGAGGGGAGCUUGA